AUGUUAUGACAGUUUUGCUUUUUUUCAACUUAUUUUCAUAUAAUCAAUUUUUUUUUCGAAAAUUUUCACAUAUUUUCCGAUUUUCCAAAUAAUUUGCGUAAUGAAUAUACCCAUAAGAAACUUAAGAAUAAUACAUGGUGUUUACAGAAGUAAUUUAACCCUGCAACAGUGUGCUGCUGUAAAUGGACUAAGGAGUUUAAGCAGUUGCCAGCAGCAGGAAAAGAAAAUAAACAAUUUGCAGGUGAACAAUAAAAACAAUAAUGCCAGUAGUAGAAUCGCAUACACUACAAAUUUCUUGGGAAGAUUGUGGAAUUUAGAAAAAACUUGUUCUCAAGCAAGAGGUUAUGCAAAUUUCUCACCAAAACCGGCGGAAAGUGAAGAUAAUUUAAAGAAAAGGACAAACAAUGAAAAAGAUGAAGAUAAGGAUAAUAAGCAAAUGCCGGAUCAUGGACAUGGUCGUACGUUACCACGUCUCAUGAAUUUUCCCGAAACAAUGUGGCCCUCAAUGCUAAAUUCAAUUAAAAAUUGGAUAAUGGUUCAAUUUAUAAUACGUCCGUACAUGGAUCGUGAAUUUAAUAUAAGAGACUUCUGUCAAGGAGCUAAAAAGGCUAUGCAGGUAGUUUCCAGCAAACUGAUGAAUGGUGAUUUUGCAACACUUAAUAAUCUUGUAACUUCUGAAGCUUUGUCAGAGCUUAAGCCAGUCAUACAAAAAUUGUCUGUCUCUCAAAGACGACAGUUAGAGGUAAAGGAGUCGGAUAUUUAUCUUACAUUUCCCUAUCAGGUGGGCAUAAUAUUUGACGAGACAAAUGAGAAAGUACAAAAGAGAUGGGUUGAAAUCACUAUGGUCUUUCAUGUACUCAGAGGUCUACAGGAGAUGCGUGAAUCUGGCGAAGAUAUUCCCUGGAAUAUGGGCACUCUACCGGAAUACCAAGACAAAGUGUUCGUUUGCAAUUAUCGCUUUAUUAAAGAGUUCACGAAUGGCCAGGAAUCUGAUUGGACCAUUAACAUUGUUAAUCACUUUAAGCCCAUCGACUUGAUCAACGAGCUCAAAAGAGAAGAGUAGUAAUUGAGGAUUCCUUCGUACACUUUUCGAAAAUCGUUUCUUUUUUUUUUGUUUCAUACGAAUAAAGAUUCUUUUUUGUUACCAUUUAUAAAUAAUAAAUUUUUAACGAAUUAUAA